AUGCCUGACGCGAUCCUGGACGACAUUUCUCACCGACGCUUCAACCCAUUGAGGGGAAGCUGGAUUCUGGUCUCCCCCCACCGUACCAAGCGACCAUGGCAAGGACAGCAAGAGGGUGCUUCGAAGACGACACUUCCAGACUAUGACCCAUCUUGUUACCUCUGUCCUGGCAACAAGCGCGCUGCUGGCGACUCCAACCCCAAAUACGAAAGCACCUACGUCUUCGUCAACGAUUACAGCGCUGUCAAAGAGGAGCAAGCCGAGUAUGAGCAGCCAGCCAAUGAUGGCAGUCUCGCCAACACUCUACUACGCGCCGAGCCGGUGACUGGCAAAUGCUAUGUCAUUACCUUCUCUCCUACACACAACUUGACCCUCGCAGACCUCCAGCCCUCUGAAAUCCUCCCUGUCAUCAACACCUGGACUCAGAUCUACACUACUCACUUGUCUCCCAAGUCCAUUCUCGCCGAAGUCGCAAAACCUACCACGAUUGCUCCUCAUGGUCAGGACCUCGCCGCACCGAAUGCGCAAUAUCGUUACAUGCAAAUUUUCGAGAAUAAGGGUGCUGCAAUGGGCUGUUCCAACCCUCACCCUCAUGGUCAGGUCUGGUGCACGACCGGUACGCCAGAGGAGCCUUCCCUUGAGUUAGAAAGCCUGCAAAAAUAUCGUAAGGAGCAUGGCGGAUCACAUAUGCUGGUUGACUAUGCCAAUCUCGAGUCUGAGAAGAAGGAAAGAAUCGUAUUCGAGAACGAGUCGUUCCUUGCUGUAUGUCCCUGGUGGGCCACCUGGCCCUUUGAGGUCAUGAUUAUCGCUCGCACCCACAAGCGUGCCUUGGUCGAUUUCGACGACAAGGACAGACAGGAUUUGGCCGAGGCUAUCGCUGAAGUUACCAGACGCUACGACAACCUCUUUGAGACUCAGUUCCCCUACAGCAUGGGUCUUCACCAAGCACCCCUCGAAGGAACCCCCGACGAGAUCAAUGCUAGUCACUUCCACAUCCAUUUCUAUCCUCCCCUUCUUCGCAGCGCUACUGUGCGCAAGUUCCUGGUUGGUUACGAGAUGAUGGCAGAGCCUCAACGCGACAUUACCCCUGAGCAAGCUGCUGCCAGACUUAGAAACUGCGGUGGAGAACUCUACCGCAAGAAGCUGAACUGA